AUAUAGACUAUAGGCUUCUGCUAUAGCUAUUGCUAUGGGUGAAUACUGAAUAUCCUGCCGCAGACGCUCGCUGUUGUUGUUUGAUGACGUUUCGAUGACAUCGCAGGUGUGUGCGCGGUCGUAAGGUCUAUCCUACUACUAUUGAAGAUUUUUUCGAGUUCGCCACUUCCGCAUGAGUUUGUUUACAUUUUGUUUUGAACCAUCAGCUGGAGUUGCACGAAGAUAAUGAACGCGAAUGCUUUGUUACCGCAUGAGAUUGAUUAAAAACUAUGGAAUAUUGUGCAGUUGAUUUUCAUUUUUGAUAUUUCGACUGGCCAGUGUCUAACUGAUUUUAAUCGCGAUUUCAUGGUAAUAUCGCUCCACUUCGCUCGUUUAUAAAUAACUCGUCUAUUGAUUUCCGAUUUACGGAAUAUAUAAUGAAUCGAAACGUAAUUUCCCUUCACGUAAAGUGAUAAUGGAGAUGCCACGAGGUUCUCGACCCGAGGAGGAAACAAUUAUUAUUAGAAAUAAAGAAGAAGAGGCUGAUCCACUAUUGGUCAAAAGAUCUUUGCAUAAUGAGUUAAGGUUUUCACAAAUAAUAAAUAACAAUGCAAAUAAUGUUUAUGCUUCAUUCGAAGUACCCAACAAAGUCUGUGAUAAAAUUAUGUCAGAAUUUAUAGCUGGGGAUUGGCAAACAUUUUUUUAUAUCUGGGAUGUUUCAUUUAUAUCAGAAAUCAAGGAGUCUAUAGAGUAUAAAAUUUUAACUUUGAAGCUCAGGGUUCAUUUUGCUAUUCUGCCAGUACGUAUUGUUCAACUGCAUCAAACCAAGUCUGACAGAUCUCACAAAGUGACUACUAUUUUGAAUAAUGUAUCUGAUAAAUUUAGUUCUGUAGAUGAUGAAAAGGAAAUAGAUGAUCGAGCAAAAUUAACAGUUGACAGUAUGAAACAACUAGAGGACUUUUUCAAUUCUCAUGAUGGACAAAAGUUAACUUUGGAAUUAAAAGAUAAUUCAUUCAUGGCAUUUUUUGCUUUACCGUAUAUUGUCAAUCCCCAGGAAGAUGAAUCAGUGAAAAAAAUAUUUAGGAUUGAAUGGUUGGAGGAAUUAACUACUGAUUUAGAGACAUUUACGAGUAGAACAUUUUUUAAAGAACAGUGCAUCAAAGAACAAAUAGAAACAACUAAUCAUCAAAAUUUCUUCCCAUCAAUGAAUGCCCAUCCUAUCAUAGAUACUAAUCAGAAAAACAAACUCACAAAAAAUAACAGCAAAGUAUUAUUGUGUGAUCGAAUAAUUCAAUCAGCAAUAAAAAAUAAACAAAUUGAAGAUUGGAUUGCUCAGCAUCAACACGUCACUGGAGAAAGUAAUCUUUGCUCAAAAGGUACUCAAACUCGUAUAAGCAGUAUUAAAACUGGAACUGGUUUCUCCUUGACCAGUGAACCACAUCAUUAUGUGAGUGUUGUAAUUCCAAAUAAUUGUGCUGUACCUAGUAAACAAUCUGCACUGCACAAUGAUGAACUAAAUACAACCAAGUCACGUUUGUUAAAUGUACACAAGCAUUAUAGAAAACUAAAAUUACGAUUUCAUAAACUUCACGAGGAUUACCAGAAGAUGAAUGAAAUAGCAGAGGAAUUGACUAUAGCUUUGGAAUCUUCUGUGAAAGGUCAACCUGUAAAUUUAGAUAUGAUUUUACAGUCUUGUAUGAAAAUUUUCCCAGAUAGGUUUAGUAAUAGAGAUAUACAAACUGAUUCAGAGGAUACUUGUGUUGAUUCGAAAGAAGAAACGUCCAAAAAUGUUCCUGCCAUAGAAGAGCAAUCGAUCCUUCUAAAUAAUACUCCAGUGCCGCCUAAAUUACUAGAUUAUAAAAAAAUAAAACUGCACUUAAAAAGUACAGACAUGAAAACCAAACUGCUCUUGCUACAAGCAUUACGUCGUAAACUUACUAGAAGUCAACAGCAACAUAGGGAUCAAACUAUUCAUGAGUAUAGAAACAAAGAUUUACUGGGUAUUCAAGAAAUUAUGUCAAAUGUAAAUUCAAAAAACGUUCUAUUUAACAUCUUGCCUCCAAUAAAUGCGGACAUUUCAAUGAGUUUGAUUCAACAAACUAGCUCUAGAUUUUUAAAUACGAUCGCGUCUUUAAGCGCUGGUCGUACUUAUUUGGCACAGGGCCCAAUAGUACUAAAUGCUAUCAUCAAGUAUCUCGACAGUUGUAACGAUGGAAGCGGCGACGCGGUGACUCUUGAUAUGCUGCUGGCAACCCUUCAAAAAAUGUCUUUGCGGAAGCAGCAGAGGAACUAUAUGGUCAAAGCUAAUUUAGUAGAGUGGCUGAUACAUCAUCUCCAUAAUGAAAACUGCAGAAUGGGAGCGUACAGAUUAGAAUAUACGUGUGCCCUGUUAAUGAAUCUCUCGCUUCAAAGUGCAGCUCGUUCUAGAGCAUCGGUCAUAGCUCCGCUUUUAAUUUCAACAAUGAUAAACUUAUUGACGUUCGAUCACGUAGCAAUAUUGCCGUACGUAAACGGAGCCUUACAAAAUUUUUUGCUGAAUAAUGAGAUUAACGAAGAAGCUAAGAAGUUGCGUCUUGCGGAAGUACUGGAAUACCACCGAGUAAAAAGCGGUGAAGAGCUUAGGAAUCACUUCGCGCAUACUUUAAAGAUACACAGAAGAGAAUGCGAAGAAAACUUAUCGGACGACGAUGAAUUUCCAGAUGAAGACGACGAAGUAUUUGACGUGAUGGAAAGUGAAUUAGAAGAGAAUGACUUGGUUAAAGUUGAAUUGGGAGAGCUCCAAGGCGAGAGUUUAUUGGCUGUGUGCUAUUCUGUGUCUAGUUUUCAUUCGCAAUCGAAUAAGGUUUUUGAUAAGAAAGUAGUAGAAAUACCCGUUAGGAGAAACAGCGAUUCACUAUCCAGGGAAAGUAAACCAGGAUUAAACGCCUCAAUGAUAACCGUUACAAGUGAAACCACAUUCGACGAUUCUAAAACAGAAACUUCUGAGAGGAAAAGUGGCACAAUACCGGUGGCUAAAGCGCCAAAGAAAAUUUUGCCCCUGAACAUAGACAACAGUGAUGCCCCAAAGGAAGAAGAGGAGGACGCUUUUACAGCAAAACCGAAGUUGAUGCGAACUCCGCCGGCUUCGGCCCGAGACGAAAGGACUCGAGAGAAGCUAACGACAAAGAGGACACGAAGCGAGACGAAAUAACGUUACUUUUCACUUUUGUAAUGAGAACAAGUGCCUUUUCUGUAAACGCAACAAUUUUUUUUUAUUAACAAAGUCAGUACAAAACUAAGCUCCUAUAGAAGUACAUAGUUACAUUUACAUACGCAUUACGAGUACAGUUUAAUAAAUAUUCACAAUCGCAACCGCAGCACACGUUUAUAUAAGAUAACAUUCGCUCUCGUCGUUAAACAUUAAGAUAUAUAAUAUAUAAAAUGUCGAUUUUCUUACAAACUUGAAUAAAACACCACGGAUUGUACAAUGACA